AUGGAUCUAAAUGUGCUGCGCCUAGCGGCGGAUUAUUACCACAAGUUACUCAAUGCGGAGCUGCAUAUCAAUGAAUGGGUGCAGGAUCGCUUGUUCAUUGCCGAGCCCGUUUUUCGUUUUGUCAGCGUUUACCUGGAGCCGAGUAAUCUGUUCAAUGUACUAAUACCUUUGCUGGGCGUCUGUGGACAAGAUUUGCUCACGCAUCUGGUUUAUGCGCUCAGUUUGGUUAGCGCCGUGAGCUCCUUCGAGAAGUGGAUAUAUCCGGAAUGGCGACCCCUCUGGCGACUACGUGAACUCUAUGCCAAUCAGCAUGCCAUUCGACCGGGCAUUGCAUUGCAGAGUCACGAUCUGAGCUGUGAGACGAGUGGCGGAUUGCCAUGUGGACACAGCAUGGCAUGGACAGCACUGCUGAUGGUUAUAAGUAUGCAUCUGCCAAUAACACGGCGCUCCUUUGCCAGCCGACUAACCAUGUAUAUCAUGAUUGGAUGCUGCAUGCUCUGCAUGUGGCUUAGCCGCCUCUACCUGGCCACCGAGUAUCUGCAUCAGUGUCUGUUAGCCACUUAUAUAGCGAUAAGCCUCUUGUCCAGUUGCCAAAGGCAUUUGAAUUAUUUAUAUGCCCAGCGACGCUUCUGGCCGGUACUGAUGGUGCUUCUGCUUGUUUACCUGGCCAUCUCCAUUUACUUCAUUAAGCUACACCUGGAAAUUGACCCACAUUGGUCUGUCAGGCAGGCUUUUAAGUGGUGUCCCGAACCUACAUAUAUGCGGCAUGAGAGCAGUCCCAUCUUCCUGCUGGCACGAGAUCUGGGUAAUCUAAUGGGCGUCGCAAUCGCACUACCUGUGGAUCAGCUGAGAAAUUACGAUUCAAAAUGUUCACAUCGCUUUGUUGGCAUUGCCAUCGUGGAGAUCCUUAACUAUAUCCUGCGCCUUUUUACACCCAAACAACAUGGACGCUUCUUAUUUCUGGCCUAUGAAUUUAUGCGCAAUGCCCUGCACUCACUGAUACUCGUUAAGCUGCUACCUAAGCUCCUACAUAGAACGAGUUGA